AUGAAAAUCAUCAAAAUUUUACUACUCCUUUGCAUUGUCUCUUCAGUGUUCACACAACUUACUCAAGGUGCUCCAACAGGUGGCCAAAGCGGCUCUGGAAGCUCUAAUCCCACAUAAGGUGCCCCUACUGGCCAACAAGGAUAAUAAAAUACAGCUGGUGGAUAACAAUAAGGUGGCCAAUAAGGCGGUUAAUAAGGCGGUUAACAAGGUGGAUAACAAGGUGGAUAACAAGGUGGAUAAUAAGGCGGUUAACAAGGUGGAUAAUAAGGUGGCCCAUAGACCGGAGGAAAAGCCAAGAAAUGCUAACCAACACAAUCAUAAUCAGGAUAGCAAUCAGGAUAACAAUCAGGAUAGCAAUAAGGACAAUAAUAAGGAUAAUAAUAGGGUUAAUAAUAAGGACAGUAAUAACCAAGCUCAUAAACCCUCCCUGGAAAUCAACUUCCAGGUCAAUAAGUUUAAUAAUAACCAUCAGGAACAAACUAAUAACAACCAAGUGGUACUUAACAACCAAGUGGUACUUAAUAACCAAGUGGAACCUAAUAACCAAGUGGUACUUAAUAACCAAGUGGAACUUAAUAACCAAGUGGAACCUAAUAACCAGGUGGAACCCAACCAUAACAACCAAGUGGAACACAAUAAUAAGGUGGAACUCAACUACCAGGUGGAUAAUAAGGUGGUUAAUAGACAGGACAAACUGGUUCAGGAUAAGGAUAAAUGGGUCAAGGAUAAACUGGUUAAGGAUAAGGAUAAAUGGGUCAAGGAUAAACUGGUUAAGGAUAAGGAUAAAUGGGUCAAGGAUAAGGUUAAGGACAAAUGGGAUAAGGUCAAGGAUAAGGCCAAGGAUAAGGAUAAGGAUAAGGAUAAGGAUAAGGUUAAGGCCAAGGAUAAGGAUAAGGAUAAGGCCAAGGAUAAGGAUAAGGUUAAGGAUAAGGUCAAGGUUAAGGACAAGGAUAAGGACAAGGAUAAGGUCAAGGAUAAGGACCUUAAGGACCUCCUUAAUCAAAAGGAUAAUGGAAUUAAGACUCAGAGCAACAAGAAUAAUGUGUUGAAGUCGAAGUUAGUUGUGCUGAUACUGAAAUUGUGUUCAAAGAUAGAUGUGUUGCCGCAACAUGCGAAAACUUGGACAAAGUUCAAAGCAAACAAGAAGGUGGAAAGAAGAAGCUUCCAAUUAAAGUUGAUGGAAAAGCUGACUUCAAUGACAAUAAAGAUGUUGUCGUAUAAUUAGCAUUCCCUGAUAACAAAGACAAACCACUUGUUAAAUCAGAUGGAAAUGCAAAUGCUUGUGUUGAAAGAGCAAUUUACAGAUAUAGACCAAGUUUCUUAAGUGAAACAUUAGAUGAUACAACUGUCACAAGCAGUUAUGAUGAUGAUAAAUAAUUAAGAAUUUGGGAAUUCACAAUCUUGAAUGCAGAUCUUGAUAGCAAAUUGUUCAAAGAUGAAUAAACAGAUAAGAUUGUUUAUACUGGUUACUAUUCAGUUAAACUUACAAUCUAAGAAAAGAAGUUAGCUCAAUUCUUCUUUACAUUCUUUGUAGCAGUCGACUUAGAUGGUAAUGUUUUAACAGCUUAAGCCACAUCUGAUGCUUAAGAUGAUACUCCUGCUUGCGCAACUGAAGACAAUUGUGUUUCAAGAGCUGAAACUGAAGUAGGAUUUUGCAGUGACUAAACCUGUUAAACUCUCGUUGAUUAACCAUAAGUCUAUGCAGGAUAAAAUUUCUAUGUUGUCCAAAGAGUAAAAUAAACUGGAUUUGAAAAAUGGAAAGUCGGAGAUGCUGAUGUUACUAUCACCGGUGAUGGAGUCAACAAGAAAUUGAAACCUGCUUCUCAAGAUAAGCAAGCUGGAUAAACUAUUUACACAUUAAAUGUUGACAUUCUUGCUAAUAAUGUUGAAUUCUCAGUCAAUGGUAAACUUGAAGAUCCAACUGCUGCUCGUAGAUUCAGAUUUUUAGAAGAUGCUACAACCACCGAUGGUACUGAAGUAUCCUCUGCUAAAGCUGUUGGUUCAACUACCUUAGAAUGCAUUAAGAAGGAUGCUAACUCUUCAUGCCCAACCGCUGACGAAGCCAAAGCAUACAAUAAACCAGAUUGCGGAACUAUCGGAUAAGCAGAAUGCGAAAGCAACAAUGGAUACAUCUGGUCAUUUGUGAUCUUAGCUGUCUUAAUGUUAGUACAAUGAUUAAUUAUUUACAUCAUAAAGCACAUACACAAUUUACAUUCUUUUUA